AAGAGAUGGCCCUCUGGGUUCUCCAUCAGGUUCCAUCAAAAUCUGAGGUUUUAAAACAUGUGAGGAUCUUACUGGCUCUUUUUGCAUGGAGUUGAAACUCUUGCCUUUCUAUUGAGUCACCAUGUUUCUUACCUCUGAGCUGAGGCGAAAUGAUUGUUUUAGGAUUAAGAAUAUGAGCCCCUUCCCAGUUCCAGUUAAACUUUUCUCCUGCGUUGAGCUCCAGGGAUGGAGGCUCUCAAGCAUAACUGUCACUGAAUUUUCUCUUUUAAAUGUAAUCCCCUUCCUCUUUUUUUCCUGGUGACACUCUUUGGAAAGUCCACUUUAACGGCUCCUCAUCGUCAUGUAUGGGAAUGUUGCUAAGAAUCCCAGAUUCUUCUCAUUCAUCUCAGCCAGCACCACUGGUGUGGUUUCCUUAGCUCCAGUUCCUAGACUUCCUUCGUUAGGUUUAAUACUUGACCCUUGCUCACAUCAAAUUGUAUGCAGAAGUACAGAGAUCUGCGCUAGGAACUUACCAACCAGAUGUAGACUUAUGACAUUAAUCUUGUCCAUAUUUGGGUGAUGGAUGUUCAGUUUGAGGGCCAAUCUACUUUUUUAAGUCACUGAGUCAGUUACAUACACAUUAAUGUCAAGUAGCUAUUGCGGGGAGGAGGGAAAAUGAUAGAUUAGAGGAAUAUUAACUAUUCUAAUUUGUGCUGAUAAACUUCACUUAUCAAUAUAACUUAUAUUUGGCUGCAUGCAUCUGACACUUUUCAUCCUGCCUCACGUGUUUUCCAUUUUUUCUUUCUCAGUAGACUAGCUCAUGUCCCCUGCCCACCUCAUCCUCUUGUCCAUAGUGCUCAUCAUCACCCCCGCCCCCAACCCCUCCAUCUCAGUCCACGCCCAUCCCGUCUCCAUCCCCCUUCCUGUUCGCCCUUUGGCGGAAGGUACUGGUGGCUCAGCCUGCAUGCGGCGCCCUUCUCCUCCUCUGCUGGCAUGUCACGGUGGCACUGUUGUGUUUCUUCCUCUUCCUUUUUACUAACAGACGCAGACCAAACUGGAGCAUGCCCGCAUUAAGGAGCUUGAACAGAGCCUGCUCUUUGAAAAGACCAAAGCUGACAAACUCCAGAGGGAGUUAGAAGACACUAGGGUGGCCACGGUGUCAGAAAAGUCCCGCAUCAUGGAACUCGAGAAAGACCUCGCUUUGCGAGUGCAGGAGGUAGCUGAGCUGCGGAGGCGGCUGGAGUCCAAUAAGCCAGCUGGGGAUGUGGACAUGUCACUGUCCCUCUUGCAAGAGAUCAGUGCCUUGGAGGAGAAGAUAGAAGCCACUCAUAGUGACCAUCAGAAAGAAGUCGCUUCUCUGAGGGAGCAUUUUGGAGCCCGGGAAGAAACACACCAGAAGGAGUUAAAGGCUCUGCAGGCCGCCACAGAGAAGCUUUCCAGUGAGAAUGAGUCCCUGAAAAGCAAGCUCGACCAUGCCAACAAGGAGAAUUCAGACGUGAUCAUCCUGUGGAAGUCCAAGCUGGAAACAGCCAUUGCGUCCCACCAGCAGGCCAUGGAGGAGCUGAAGGUGUCCUUCAGCAAGGGGGUCGGCACCGAGACAGCUGAGUUUGCGGAGUUAAAAACGCAGAUAGAGAAGAUGAGACUAGACCACCAGCAGGAAAUAGAAAAGCUGCAGAACAGGCAGGACUCGGAAAGGUGUGCUCACAUGAAAGAGCUCGAAGCCCUAAAGGCUAAGCUGAUGCAAGUCAUUAAAGAGAAGGAGAACAGUCUGGAAGCCAUCCAGUCGAAGCUGGACAAAGCGGAAGACCAGCACCUAGUGGAAAUGGAGGACACCUUAAACAAACUGCAGGAAGCCGAGCUAAAGGUAAAGGAGCUAGAGGUGCUACAAGCCAAAUGCAGUGAGCAAACCAAGGUUAUUGAUCAUUUUACAUCACAGCUCAAGGCUGCCAAAGAAAAGCUCUCGGAUCUUGAUGCACCUCAGAAAGCCAGCUCUGAAGGUAAAUCGGAAAUCGAGAACCUCAGACAGGAGCUCAAAGCAGCUAACAAACGGAUUAAAAGCUUAGAGAGUGAAAAGGAUGCUGAAAGCGGCAAGGCUAGUAGCAUCACCAAAGAGCUGCAGGGAAAAGAGCUAAUGCUUAAUAACCUUCAGGAAAACUUGAGCGAAGUCAGCCGAGUGAAAGAGGCUUUGGAAAAAGAACUGCAGGCUUUGAAAGAAAAGUUCGCUGAUGCUUCAGAGGAGGCAGUCUCUUUUCAGAGAAGUAUGCAAGAAACUGUAAAUAAAUUACACCAAAAAGAGGAACAGUUUAACGCCGUGUCUUCCGAACUGGAGAAGUUGAGAGAAAAUUUAAUGGAUAUGGAGGCAAAAUUCAGAGAGAGAGAUGAAAGGAAAGAGCAGCUGUUAAAGGCAAAGGAAAAACUGGAAAAUGACAUUGCAGCAAUAAUGAAAAUGUCUGGAGACAAUUCUACUCAGCUGACAAAAAUGAACGACGAACUACGUCUGAAAGAAAGAGAUGUAGAAGAAUUACAGCUGAAACUCACCAAGGCUAACGAAAACAGAAGCCUCCUGCAGAAAAGUAUCGGGGAAGUAACUCUCAAAGCUGAACAAAGUCAGAAAGAAGCAGCUAAAAAGCAUGAGGAAGAAAAGAAAGAACUGCUGAGAAAACUGUCAUACCUGGAAAAGAAGGUGGAAAUGAGCCGCAACGAGUGUCAAGAUCUGAAAGCCAGGUACGAGGAAGCCAGUUCUGAGAGCAGAGCCAAGCACGAAGAAGUCCUGCAGAGCCUCCACAAGCUGCUCCGGGACACAGAGGAGCGGCUGAAGGCUACACAGGAGGAGAACUGUGAGCUGCUGCAGAAGCUGGAGGAGCUGGGGAAGCAAGCCGAAGGAGCCAAAGUAUGUGGUGGGGAGGACCGUGUGCCCCAGCAUAGUGAGCUUUGCGUCCCGCGUCGGGGUUGUAAGGGUGCUUAGGAAGCAGCAGCGUGUGGAAGGGGUUCGGUGGCCUUCAGAGCGCAUGGCAGGAAGGGGAAGGACGUCUCCUGUGGCUUCAAGUGUUUUGUACCAGCCGCUCUCCCUUCUCAGGGUUGGUGGUGGCUACAGGUCUUUCUUUCCACCCUGAAUGGACUGUGUAGCCAUCACCCCCUACGCUGCUUCACAAAGAGCCUUCUGUUGCCUGAGCUCUGUCCACCUGCUUGUAAUAGACUCUGUCGCGGAAAAGCAUGUCCCUCUAGUCUUGGCCGUCUUGCUGCCACCUUGCACCAGGGUUAGGAGAGACAUCGUGCAGAAGAGCAAGAGGCAGAGGCCACGCGUGAGGCAGGUGGGCAGGGAAUGGAGCCUUGUCGGAAGAGCAGAGGAAAAAGAAGGGAGACCUCUGGAGAAAGUUUUCGUAUGUCCCCAGGAAGGCAGUGAAAGCUUAUUAACAAGGAAGUUGGAUUGAAGGGCUGUGAGAAAACAUCCUACUACUGAGUAGAGUAGAACUCGAUACAUUGAAUUUUAUUUUAUGGUGUCAGGAUUGUGUCAGUGUCCCAAUAUGUUUUCUGACCCACUUACUGCUAUUUAAAUUGCUCAAAGAAAAGUAAAUUAUUGUCUUUAAUUGUU